UGAUUCCUCGUGGAAGCUCCUCCGGGGUGCAGAGGCAGCGCUGCAGCCACAGCCCCUGGACAAGGUCCUGGUGAGGAGGGAGGGACAUCCAGGAGAAGGACAAGGGGGCAGGAGAGGCACCUAAGCCCCCCUGAGCAGUGAGAGGAGGAGGAGGAGCACCCUGAAGAAGACUUCCACUUUCACAUCCCUACGUCUGAUUUGAAGUGACUGGGAGAGGAAGCACCAGGUAUCUCUCAUUCUGUUUGGACUCCUUGUUUACAGAAGAGUGAUGGAGAUGCUAUUAAGCACAAAAGGCAUCCCCAUAUGCCUGUUUUUCUUUGUAUUGAGUUUGGCAGCAGCUAUUGAAAUACCAUUAUCAGUUUCACAGCUUCCAACCAUCACGGAGCAAUCCCACACCCAGGUUGCCUACCCCUUUGAUGAGGACUUUACAAUUAAAUGUGAAGCCAGAGGAAACCCACAGCCCACCUUUAACUGGACUAAGGAUGGAAAACCAUUUGAUUUGCUGUCUGACCCGAGGAUAGUUACAUCCAACAACUCUGGAACUUUUGUGAUUCAAAACCGAGGAAUCAUCAACAAUUUCCAGGGGAAAUAUCGUUGCUUUGCUUCCAAUGUGCUGGGAACUGCCAUGUCAGAAGAAAUUGAGCUAAUUGUUCCAAGUGUACCAAAGUUCCCCAAAGAAAAAAUCGAGCCCCUGGAUGUGGAGCAUGGAGAUUCUGUGAUCUUGCACUGUAACCCCCCAAAAGGCAUCCCACCUUUGCAUAUCUACUGGAUGAACAUUGAUUUGCAGCACAUUCCACAAGAUGAAAGGGUCUCCAUGAGCCUUAAGGGAGAUCUGUACUUCGCCAACGUGGAGGAGCAUGACAGCAGAAGUGAUUAUUGUUGCUUUGCAGCAUUUCCAAGGCUCAGGACGAUUGUGCAGAAAAUGCCGAUGACGCUGAAGGUUUCCCGUUUAAAGCAUGCUAAUGACUCAGGCUCACCUAACGCUGCUGUUACUAAGGCAAAUUUUAUCAAGGAAAGAAAACCCAAACUGCUGAUCCCUCCUGAAUCUGCUGGCAGUAGCUCAUCAGUCACUGUCAUCAAGGGAGGUGUCCUGCUCCUCGAAUGCAUUGCUGAAGGGCUCCCAACCCCUCAUCUGAGCUGGGUCAAAGUCACUGGAAACAUGCCCAAGGAGGAACCAGAAACAGAGAAUUUUGGGAAGAUCCUGAAGAUAGACCAAGUGACAGCAGCUGAUGAGGGGACGUACCAGUGCACGGCGAGCAACCCCAUGGGGAGGGCGAGGCACGAGUUCCACGUCCACGUGGAAGAGCCUCCCCAGUGGCUGAAGAAGCCCGAAGGUGGGGUCUACAGCGUGGGAACGAACCUCGUGCUGCUGUGUGAGGCGAUCGGCAACCCAGAGCCGAGCAUCCAGUGGAAACUCAACGGGAUGCCCAUCGAUAGCAGGACUUUCCGAGGGAGGGUCUCUACCCGGGAGAUCAGCCUGACCAACCUGCAGCUGCAGGACAGUGCCGUGUUCCAGUGUGAAGCCACCAACAAGCACGGCACCAUCCUGGCCAGUGCCAACGUGAACGUCCUCAAUAUUGCUCCCUUAAUCCUGACCUCAGAUGGGGAGAACUAUGCCACAGUGGUGGGUUACAGUGCCUUCCUGCGCUGUGACAUCUUUGCCUCACCUGCAGCAGAUGUCAGAUGGACCAAGGAUGAGAGCAUAGAGCCCCUCUCAUCAUUCCGCUAUGAGUUAAAUAAGAAUGGAACCCUGGAGAUCAAAGACACCAAGAAGGAAGACUCAGGAUCUUAUGCUUGCUGGGCUGCCAAUUCUGUUGGAAAAACAGCAAUCACUGCUAAUUUGGAUAUAAGAGAUGCUACAAAACUUGCUGUUACUCCCAAGAACCCCAGAGUGUUGAAAUCACAUUCAAUUUUGUUGAAAUGUCAGGCUGAGUAUGAUUCCCACUUGAAACACAGCUUUAAAUUAUCCUGGAGGAAAGAUGGAGAUGAGCUGCCAGUCAACAGCACGGAAGGUGGCAGGAUGAUCCUGGACAGGGAUACACUGUUCAUCUCCAGUGUGCUGCUGGAGGAUCAAGGAGUUUACACCUGUGUGGGCAGCACUUCCCUGGAUUCUGCCACGGCCGAGUCGCAGCUGAUUGUUCUUGAUGUUCCUGAUCCACCAGAAGACCUUCAGCUCUCUGAAAACCAGAACCGAAGUGUUCGACUGUCCUGGAGAGCUGGGUCCAGCCACAACAGCCCUGUCAAUGAGUCCAUCGUAGAGUUUGAAGAGAACAGGUGGGAGCCAGGGAGGUGGCAGGAGCUCACCAGAAUCCCAGGGAAUGACACCACGGCCGUGUUGUCCCUGUCCCCGUACGUGAAUUAUCAGUUCCGUGUCGUGUCUGUGAACGCUGUGGGGAGGAGCCAACCCAGCAAACCAUCCCUGCGCUACUCAACACCCCCAGCUGCUCCAGACAAGAACCCAGAAAACAUCCGAGUUGAGGCUUCUGAACCCAAUGAAAUGGUGAUGAAAUGGGAGCCAUUGAAACCUGUGGAGAGGAACGGGCCAGGGCUGGAGUACAAAGUGAGCUGGAGGCAGCGGGGGGUCAGGACGGACUGGAACGAGGAGACGGUGAAGAAACAUUCCCUGACUGUGAGAAACACUCCCACCUUCGUGCCUUACGAGAUCAAAGUCCAGGCAGUCAAUGAUUUAGGAUCCGGCCCCGAACCAAACGUUACCAUCGGAUAUUCGGGAGAGGACUUCCCAGAUGCUGCUCCUUUGGGCGUGUCGGUGGAUGUUGUGAACAGCACACUGGUCAAAGUCUACUGGUUUGGAAUACCAAGGGACAGAGUUCGUGGACAUUUAAGAGGCUAUAAGGUCAGCUGGUGGAAAACAAAAAGCAUACUGGAUGGAAAGAGGCACCACCCAGAGAAACACUUCCUAACGUUUGUAGGAGACAGGAACUAUGGGAUGAUUCCUGGCCUGGAUCCCUUCAGUGAAUUCCACUUAACUGUCCUGGCUUACAACUCCAGGGGGGAUGGCCCCGAGAGCUCCCCCGUGGUGUUUAAAACUCCAGAAGGAGUCCCUGAACAGCCACGUUUUCUGAGGAUCCUGAACUUUGACAAGGACUCUGUCACUCUGUCCUGGGGACUUCCCAAGAAAGCCAACGGCCACCUUACUGGCUACAUCUUGCAAUACCAGAUAAUCAACGAGACGCACGAGGUGGGCCCCGUGAGCGACGUCAGCCUCACAAACCUCUCCACGCUCAGCUGGAGGCUCUCGGGGCUCAGCCCCAGCACCAAGUACAAGUUCUACGUGAAGGCCUGCACGGCCAAGGGCUGUGGGAAGCCCAUCACUGAGGAGGGACUCACCAUGGCCCAAGGGAGUAAAGGGGCCGGCAGGAUUUCAGACGCAGUAAAACCCACCCAAAAGUUUCACCCCGUUGAGGCCCUUGAGCCUGGCACUGAGUACACAGUUCGUCUAGUGACUAAGAACUGGGUUGAUAACAAUAGCAUUUUUGAAGAUGUAAUUGAGACAAGGGGGAGAGCCUAUGCUGGAAUUUAUGAUGGGAUUUCCACCCAGGGCUGGUUCAUUGGACUGAUGUGUGCCAUAGCUCUGCUCACCCUGCUGCUGCUCACCAUUUGCUUUGUCAGGAGAAAUAAAGGAGGAAAAUAUUCAGUGAAAGAAAAAGAAGAUUUGCAUCCAGAUCCCGAAGCUCAAUCAAUAAAAGAUGAAAUCUUUGGGGAAUAUAGUGACAGCGAUGAAAAGCCGCUGAAAGGCAGCCUCCAGUCACUUAACGGGGACAUUAAAGCCACUGAAAGUGCUGAUAGUCUGGUAGAUUAUGGAGAAGGGGAGCAUGGGAUGUUCAAUGAAGAUGGUUCAUUUAUUGGAGCUUAUUCUGGAUCUAAGGAAAAAGGAUCAGUGGAAAGCACUGGGAGUUCUACAGCAACUUUUCCUCUCCACGCCUGAAAUAUUGGCAGGAAUGAUUGGUGUUUAAUUGUGAUAUUUAUCUUGAUCAGCACUCCACAGGUUGCCAAUUGAGCCGGUCAGGACCAACCUGACACCCAGGUAACACAAAAAAAACGAGUCACUGCCACUAAAAGAUGAUUUUCCAUCUUAAUUUCCACCUGUUUUCUUCUAAAUGAAACAAAAACAAAGAAUUAUUUGCUAUACAAAAUGUGUUACUCUUACCAACCCAGAAUAUCUCGGUGUUACAUCUGUAUCCUUAAAUGCUACUCCAUGUGUUUCCUAGGUUUGGAAUAUGUUUCUCUGUACAGAUAUGUUUUCCUGUAUGGUCAUUGUCACUUGGUACAUACAUUUCUGUGUAGAAUUCCCACAUGUAUCGUGGCCUUGGUUAUAAACUAGGAAUUAUAACCCAAGAAAAGCAAAUAAAAAUAACAGGAUACUCUGCAAAGUGGCACAAUGAUCCUACUGAGAAAAAUGCUAAUUUAAAAUACCAGAGAAAUAUAUUCUAUAUAUUGUACAAUUUUUCCUAAAGAGUUAAACUCCUUUGUGAAUGAUACUCUAAAAAUUAUUUUAGUGGUUACAGCUGACUUCAGUUACCAAUACUCAGAAACGCAGCUUUAUCCACGGCAAAGUGUGGAUGAAGCUGCUGCCCAGUAGCUGGCACUAUUUCCUUAAAUAAGUUAAGCUGCAGCAUCUUUCCUGUGGCAAGGCAAAACAGGGUUCCCAUCCCAUCACUCAAAAGUGUUUUAAUUUGUUUUCCCCAGUCUCUGCAAGCUGCAUUUCUAAGCAAAAUACUUGUUGUCUGUCUCAUAUCUGUAUAUUUGUGAGCUAGCAAACAUUUCCUGGAGACGUUGUACAUAUGAUAUUAAUAUUGACACAAGUAAAGAUCAGCCUGGUUUUAUUUUAAAUGAGACAUGUUGCUAGCAUGGGUCUGUAUAGCUGUGUAGGAAUGAAUAGAAUUGCUUCUCAAUAUGAGUUUGGACCAGCAUAAACUAGUUUUCAGAAGGAGUUUUGUGUAUUCCAGUCAUCCCACUCUCACACCUUUCCAGUAUCACCUAAACUAGAGCUACCUGACUUUCAAGAGAUCAUUUAUUUUCAAGCUAUUCACUGUUAAAUAAACAAAAGCAAAAAGCAAAGAGAAAAUAUUAUGGUAGAUUUUCUGUUAUAUUUUGUUGACCGAAUGCUGGUUUAAAUUCCUUCCUUUGCCUCUCCGACACUAACCCAGCAAAGCUGUACAGCACAUUUUCUUGGUCUUUUUGUACUGAAAUCUCCUGAAUCUCUUUAAUAGCAUUUGUACUUUUGAAUCUGCUGAUUUGAGUAGGGUAUCGAUGUGGCUUCAUUUCUUCUCGCACUUACAAACGACUGUCACUCCCAUUAGAGUGUUUUUAAACAGCGACUGCAGGAGGAAUAGAUCCUAAAAGCUAUUUUGCAUUGUGAUGCUAAUCAGGCAAAUCUCCCCAAUGGCUCCUUCCUGGGCUCCAUGAUUUCAGUGGGAGAAAGAGAGGAAGCAAGAAUUCCUCACGUGGUUCUGAGUUUCCAGUGAGGGCUACAUUCAAGCCCAGUUAGUUGCCCACAGAAAUGCAGGUUGUUCCCAGUGGGAAGGCUGUGGAUCACACCCAGCUCCCCUUAGGCUGGGGCUGCUCCUCAGAGCUUGGUAAUUUCUGGAAGCCUUUGGUGCUUGGUGCUUCUGUAUAUCUGUGCCUCUUUUUUUUUUGUUUUGUUUAAUUUUAGCCUGUCAUGUAACCUCUGUUUGGGAAAAACAACCCCCAAACAGCCAGCCCCAAAGCCCCAUUCAGGAUGUGUGUAUGAGUAUAAAAUGAUGAGUGGAAACCUGCCCUGAUCAAAAAUCACCCCACACUGUAUCAGUGACCCAAGUAAUUUGCUUUUUAUAACCCAUGAAGUUUUAUUUGCUGUAUUUCACUCAAUCCAAACAGGGAAAAUUCCAAAGUGCUUUUCAUUUUGGUAAAAAACCCAAACAACAAAUCUUCCUUUUCAAAAGGAGGGAGUACACAAUUGUAGAGAUGUGAAAAUUGGCAUCUCAGCAACAGAGACAUUUCCCAGCAGCAUCUUUAUCUGCUGACUCGUGUCUGCUGCAGCCCAAACCAGAUAAAAUCUAAGAACUGAUUAGGCUUGUGACAAUCUUUGCUGCAAGCUUUGGGCUGUUUUUAAUAUAUUUCCUUUAGGAAUGAUCUGCACUGAUCAAGGGUCUUCAAAAUAGGAACAAAAUUAGGGAAUAAAAUUGGGCUGGGCUCCCCUAAAUCCUUCCUGACCGCUCUGGGCUGGGGAAGGGCUGUGUUUGCUCAUCCAUCUCCUUGUUCUUGGGGUCACUGCAGAUAAACCAGACUUCUCAUCCCAGCAAAUACCUCUGUCAAACAGACACAAACUUCAGAUUGUAUUGGUGAGUGUCAAACUGAUGGAAUAAUGAACAUGAGUCCCCUGUGCUCCCACUUGCUCUGCUGCUGCUGAGAGGUGUUUAUGACAUCCCUGUGAUGUGCUGCUCAUCUGUGCUGGGAGGGCUCCUUUCCCUAUUAAAAUUUCAAUUCAGAUCCUUAAAUCUUAAUGUUGGUGUUCCACGAUGCCCCAGGGCCUAAAAAUCAAGCAGUGAAGAAAAGAUGUGCGGUGGAACCUGUGCAGUGCCCACGGACUUUUGAGGAACGUGCCCCGUGAAUAUUAAACAAGGGGCCCAAUCUCUCAGGAAAUCUCCCUCACCCGAGCUGUUAUCUCUUCCAAAUCAUUUAUUUCCAUGGUUUUCCCCCUCACUGGGCUUUUAUUGUCUGCUGGAAGGGUACAGCUCAUCCAGUGUGCCCUGGGAAGUGCAGGGCACUGAUGGUUUUUCAGAGAGUUGCUUUCAAAAAUAAAUAAAUUAACAGAGCCAGGCGAGAUUUUCCUGAGGAGUUUUUUGUCAUUGCAAGGAGCUGGGCUUCAUUUUUUUUUUUUCUAAAUUUUACAGCUGAGAGGAUGUGUGGCCAUGUAGCUCAAUAAAAAUCACCAGCUUUACUGAACAUCCUGAGCUGGAAAGGACCCACAACUCUCAGUCCUUUCUCCCAAGCGAACUGUUUGGAUUCACAGAGCAGCAUAAUGUUGGUUUGGUAUGGACUGUAAUCCCAGAACUAUUUUUCUUUAAUUAAUAUUUAUAUAAUAUAGAUAUAUAAUAUAAUUACACAAUCAAGAACUUAUAGGAAUGGCCCCAGCUUCCUUCUCUGGCAAAAUUUGGGGAUCCAAUCUCCAGAAAUCUUCCAUUCUCUGCAGUUCAGCAGGAAAACACUACAGGACUGGUAUCAAAGCCCUGCUGGGGCUGGAUCUUUGGAAGAACAGAAUUAGGAAUCAAAUCUGAAAAUGACUUUCCCCCUCUGGAUAAAAUUGUUUGUUCAUGUAUAAAAAAAAAAAAACCUUCUUUGUAACUCACACCUUAAGCAGAUCUAAUUGGAAUAUCGUUUAAUGAUUGAUAUUUGUUCAUGUUACACAAAUUUUAAUGAGCAGCUUUUUCCCCGGUAAGUAAUUCCAUUGACCGAGUGGGUCAAUCCAGUCCAUGAGAGGUUUUAAUAACAGUUUUCAGGCCCAUCUUGUUUUUGAGAUGAAAACCAGCAUUAGCACAAUGUUUCUCUAUAAAAAGGUGUUGUUUUUUUUUAAACAGUAAUUCCACAUUUUGUAAACAAAAGCUAGAAGAGCAUUCACUGAUCCUCGAGCUUCUGAAAGGAAACCUCCUGAUCAUUUUUACAGUGAGAGGUGUAAUUAGAUUAUUUUACUUGCCUUUAAAAACAGACCUAAAGAAAGGAAAUCCUUCCUGGAGAAUUUCCUUUGUUUGCCAAUGGAUCAAGCCCUCAGCUGGCAUCUCUGUCAAUGCUUAGGGGUUCAAAAUAUAAAUGUGCAAGCUGUGUUGGAGCACCAGGACAUGUUUACAUUGCGGCUCCGGAUCUCUCCUGUCCAAUCUCAAGUGAUCUGCACUGAUUUCUGUUUUCAGGCAGGAACCCCUGGGUGGGUUUGAGCCAAAGCACACUGUCUCUUUCCGUUUUUUAUUAUUAUUAUUAUUAUUGUUAUUGUUCUUAUUAUUCUUUAAACGAGAUACUUUGUAAUUUCACGAGGGAAAAAAAAAAAGAUCAAAGCAAAUGUGGUGUCGCCGUCAGGACGUUACUUUUUUGGAGCUAAAUGUUAGUGUGCAUUGAUUAAAGUUUAGAGGACCGUGUUUGUACCGUAGUUGCUGUUUGUACCACGCAGGUGUGCACGUAUGGUUCGAAAAGAUAUUUUCAUUUUACAUGAAAUACGACUUUGCUAAUAAAAGUUUGACUUGAUGUAAUCCUCAAAA